AUGAGUAAGCUUUCAAUGGAUAGAUUAAACGACGCCAUUACGGCGGUCCUGGAGGGCUCCAAGACAAAGAAGCGUAAUUUUGUCGAGACUGUUGAAUUACAAAUAUCCCUCAAAGAUUAUGAUACCCAAAGGGAUAAGCGUUUCUCAGGAUCAGUCGUACUUGGAUCGGCUCCACGCAGGAACAUGAAGGUAUGCGUGUUCGGAGACGCAGUGCAUUGCGAUGAAGCAAAGGCCCUGGGAGUGGAUUAUGUGGACUUGGAAGGCCUCAAAAAGUUCAACAGGAACAAAUUGAUGGUUAAGAAGUUAGCAAACAGCUACAGCGCCUUCCUCGCGUCACAAUCGCUACUGCCGCAAAUCCCACGUUUCCUAGGUCCAGGUCUGAACAAGGCAGGUAAAUUCCCUACCCAACUGCUGCAUACGGACAAAAUGGAAGACAAGAUAAACGAAUUAAAGGCAACUGUUAAGUUUCAGCUGAAGAAGGUGCUAUGCAUGGGAGUAGCAGUGGGAAACGUUGAAAUGUCCCCGGAACAGCUGAGGGCGAACAUAGUGCUGUCUCUGAACUACCUAGUUUCACUAUUGAAGAAGAACUGGAACAAUAUUAAGGGAUUAACUAUUAAAUCGACCAUGGGAAAACCAUACAGAAUAUACGGUUAA